GGGAAAUACAUACAAAAGUGCAAAUACAUCGUCAACUCGUCUGGUCGUUGUUGUUAGUGCAUUCUUAAGGUUGUUUAUAAAAAGUGUGGAGUGAGGAAUGAUACUCAGCAGAGCAAAGCCAGCUAUUCAGUCUAAUAAUGAAAUUGCAAGAUUUUCUGGAAAUAAUGCUACCAAAAGUUCUCUGCAGUUUGAAGAUUACUUGAGAAAACGGGACUAUGCAGGAGCGGUAACGCUAAUGGAGUUCAGGCCAGAGAAAAAUGGCAUUGUAGAGCAAUGGAUCGCAUUUUGUGCAUUCCAUAUAGGUGACUAUAAAAAGGCUUUGAACAUUUAUCAAACUUUAUUGAAAACUGAUGAUGAAAAUGAUGACUUCCUGGUGAAUGUUGCUUGUUGCUAUUUCUACUUGGGCAUGUAUGAUGAAUCCAAGCAUAUUUUACAAAAUGUACAAUCUAGUGGCUUGAAGACUAGGCUGAAUUUUCAUCUAGCCCAUAAGUUGAGAGAUGAAAACAUUUUGAUGGAAUAUCAUCAACAGUUACAAGAUAUACUCGAAGAUCAAUUGAGCUUGGCUGCUAUACAUUAUUUGAGAGCCCAUUAUCAGGAGGCUAUCGAUAUCUACAAGAGAUUACUUCUUCAAAAUAGGGAAAAUAUUGCUCUAAAUGUGUAUGUAGCUUUGUGUUAUUACAAAUUGGAUUACUAUGAUGUGUCACAAGAAGUUUUGGGGAUAUAUUUAAAGCAACACCCAGACUCUGUUAUCGCCACUAAUUUGAAGGCUUGCAAUACUUUUCGUCUCUACAAUGGUACAUCUGCUGAAAACGAGUUACGCUCUAUUGUAGAGCAAAAUUCCAACGUAGGGUUCGGGUAUGAUUUGUUGAAACAUAAUCUUGUUGUUUUUAGAGAUGGUGAAGAUGCUAUGCAGAUUUUUCCGUCUUUGGUCGACAUUGUGCCAGAAGCAAGGCUCAAUUUGGUCAUACAUUAUCUUCGGAAUGAUGAUACCAAAGAGGCAUUUGAUUUGCUGAAAGAUUUGCAGCCAGCAGUCCCGCAAGAGUAUAUUCUCAAAGGAGUUGUUAAUGCGGCACUUGGACAGGAACUAAAUUCGCAAGAGCACAUCAAAAUAGCAGAGGAAUGUUUUCACCUGGUGGGCAGCUCAACUAGCGAGUGUGAUACGAUUCACGGCCGACAAUGCAUGGCAGCAGCUUUUUUCCUCGGAGGACAAUUUGAGGAAGUUUUGGUUUACCUCACCUCUAUCAAAAGUUACCUUCAUUCAGACGAUACCUUCAACUUCGAUUUUGCCCAAGCGAAAACGGCUUGCAAUCAGUUCAAGGAAGCCGAAGAGACGUUCUUGCUGGUGCAAGACCCGAGAAUAAAAAACGACUACGUGUACAUUUCGAACCUGGCUCGCUGUUACAUCAUGAACGGGAAGCCUCAGAACGCCUGGGAGCUGUACCAGAAGAUGGACAGUUCUCCGGAGAGUUUCAAUUUGUUGCUGUUGAUCGCCAACGAUUGCUAUCGAAUGGGGGAGUUCUGGUAUUCGGCCAAGGCGUUCGAUAUGCUCGACAAACUCGAACCGAAUCCGGAGUUCUGGGAGGGAAAAAGAGGAGCGAUCGUAGGAGUUUUUCAGGGUGUCGUUGCGCAGAAAUUCCCGGUAGACAUGCUAGGUGACGUUCUUCAACUUCUCAGAAGCAGCACCUCAAAUCAGGCAGACCAAAUAGCGAGUGUCAUCAGAAAAUGGGCGAAAGAAAAUCGCUUUGCCGCUUCGUACCAACCAGGCUUUGGCGCGACUCAAAGGGAAAAGGGAUACUCCGACAGAUAGGCGGCGAGCGAUUUGGGCAGAUCCAGUUGGGUGUGCGGAGGCGGCAACAUCGCCAGCCUCGGCUGGCCGGACCGCUUCAAACCCCUGUGCACGGCCAGCCUGGCCAGGUGCUUCAGGCCGGCCGGCUCCGACUUCCUCCUCAACGGUUUGUCCAGCAAAAUGGAGGAGUACCACUUGC